GGCGCCUGCGCGGUGGGCGUGAUCCGGGCACUUAGGGCAGGAUGAACGCUGCUUUCCAAGAUGGCGACGGAGGGAGGAGGGAAGGAGAUGAACGAGAUUAAGACCCAAUUCACCACCCGGGAAGGUCUGUACAAGCUGCUGCCGCACUCGGAGUACAGCCGGCCCAACCGGGUGCCCUUCAACUCGCAGGGAUCCAACCCUGUCCGCGUCUCCUUCGUAAACCUCAACGACCAGUCUGGCAACGGCGACCGCCUCUGCUUCAAUGUGGGCCGGGAGCUCUACUUCUAUAUCUACAAGGGGGUCCGCAAGGCUGCUGACUUGAGUAAACCAAUAGAUAAAAGGAUAUACAAAGGAACACAGCCUACCUGUCAUGACUUCAACCACCUAACAGCCACAGCAGAAAGUGUCUCUCUCCUAGUGGGCUUUUCCGCAGGCCAAGUCCAGCUCAUAGACCCCAUCAAAAAAGAAACUAGCAAGCUGUUUAAUGAGGAAAGACUAAUAGACAAGUCACGCGUAACCUGUGUCAAAUGGGUUCCUGGUUCGGAAAGCCUUUUCCUAGUAGCCCAUUCAAGUGGGAACAUGUACUUAUAUAAUGUGGAGCACACUUGUGGCACCACAGCCCCCCACUACCAGCUUCUGAAGCAGGGAGAGAGCUUUGCCGUGCACACUUGCAAGAGCAAAUCCACGAGGAACCCUCUCCUUAAGUGGACGGUGGGCGAGGGGGCCCUCAACGAGUUUGCUUUCUCCCCAGAUGGCAAGUUCUUAGCAUGUGUGAGCCAGGACGGGUUUCUGCGUGUGUUCAACUUUGACUCAGUGGAGCUGCACGGUACAAUGAAAAGCUACUUUGGGGGCUUGCUUUGUGUGUGCUGGAGCCCAGAUGGCAAGUACAUUGUGACAGGUGGCGAGGACGACUUGGUGACAGUCUGGUCUUUUCUAGACUGCCGAGUAAUAGCUAGAGGCCAUGGGCACAAAUCCUGGGUCAGUGUUGUAGCAUUUGAUCCCUAUACUACUAGCGUAGAAGAAAGUGACCCUAUGGAGUUUAGUGGCAGUGACGAGGACUUCCAGGACCUUCUUCAUUUUGGCAGAGAUCGAGCGAACAGUACACAGUCUAGGCUGUCCAAACGGAACUCUACAGACAGCCGCCCUGUAAGUGUUACCUAUCGGUUUGGUUCAGUGGGUCAGGAUACACAACUGUGUUUAUGGGACCUUACAGAAGACAUCCUUUUCCCUCACCAACCCCUCUCAAGAGCAAGGACACAUACAAAUGUCAUGAAUGCCACAAGUCCACCUGCUGGAAGCAAUGGGAACAGUGUCACUACACCUGGAAACUCUGUGCCCCCUCCAUUGCCACGGUCCAAUAGCCUUCCACAUUCAGCAGUCUCCAAUGCUGGUAGCAAAAGCAGCGUCAUGGACGGGGCCAUUGCCUCUGGGGUCAGCAAGUUUGCAACUCUGUCGCUGCACGACCGGAAGGAGAGACACCAUGAAAAAGACCAUAAACGAAAUCAUAGUAUGGGACACAUUUCCAGCAAGAGCAGUGACAAACUGAAUCUAGUUACUAAAGCCAAAACGGACCCAGCUAAAACUCUGGGAACAUCCCUGUGUCCUCGGAUGGAAGAUGUUCCUUUGUUAGAGCCGCUGAUCUGUAAAAAGAUAGCUCAUGAAAGACUGACUGUAUUGGUUUUUCUUGAAGACUGUAUAGUCACUGCUUGUCAGGAGGGAUUUAUUUGCACAUGGGCAAGGCCUGGUAAAGUGAACAAAUAACCAUGGAAGCCAUCUCUUCCUACUGACUGUGUGAACCGCUGACGCUGAGCUUCAGAGCCGCAGGUCUGUGUGAGCUUGUCUGGAUCAGGCCCUGGGAUUCUCUUUGAAAAGGGUUCAGUGUAAUGUGAAUGUUAGCUCUGGAGGGAGCUAGGCCACCAGUGGGCUCUGCAGCCACCUAGGCAGCCUAGUGAGCUGAGGGCUCUGUGGGUCUCUGUAGGAGCUCUUCCCUCUCAGCACACUCCCACCUCACCCCUGCUGGGCUUCUGGGCUGGGGAACGGCUUUUGUCAUCACCCAGAGCCAUCACCCAGUGCAACAGGAGCGACAGGAGCAGGCAGCAGGUGACACUGCACUGGGGACAGGCGGGUCAGCCAUGCAUAUUGUCCCUCAGUAAAUAGACUUCACUAGUCACCUCCAUCUCCAGAUGCUUACAUGCAAGAAUUACAAAUGGGUAAUUUAACCCGCAGGUCCCUGCCGGGGUGACAUGGUGAGAGUGAGCUGGACCAAGGUGCUCCCACUCACCUGUCAGCUCUUGUUUCCUGAGACACUGGGUUCUUGCUUAUCUGCCUCUCCUCCAAGCUGCUGCUGGUCCUGUGCUCUCUGCCUCGUAGCCCCCACAGAUAGUUCCAGGGUGUUUCCUUACCGCCUGCCUCUGCGUGCAGAUUGUGUUGACUGUGUGCUGCCAAGCAGGAGAGCUGUUCAAACCUGUAGCUCAAAGUGACCCCUACACACACACACACACACACACACACACACACACACACACGAGAAGCACAGGGGGCUUUUUCUUAGAAACUAAAUAGCUUAAAGGCCUAAAAGAGGCUAAUGACAUUUUCUUUUUUGUUUAAAGAAAACCAUACCAUUUGAUUUUUUUUUAAAGACAUAGCUACUGUAUACCUGGAGAAAAAGAGUUGUUGUCCCUUAGUGUAUGGCUACCUGUAGAUGUGGGUGCCAUGAUGUAGUUAGAGGCUCUGUAGCGGCGCCUCUGUCUUGGAGCUGUGCCUCUGAAAUCAGCCUCUGCUUUUUUGGUGGACUCUGGGCAGCUCUUGAAGGGGAGGAGCCAGAGAAGAUUUCCUCUGGCAAACCAGGGCCCAGCGGGUCACAGAAUGAGGGCCAGCUUAAUGUACAACCUCAAAGAAGCCUUCAGCUACUUGCACAUUUCAUUUUUUGUCUUUCCCUGGAUGUCUGUAAAGAGUUUGACUAGUUUCCCUUUUGUCAUCAGAGACCAGGCUGUGUAGCCCCUUUGUGCCGCCUUCAGUGUGGCCUCUCAGUGGGUAGGUCAGGGCUAGCUAGUGAACAAGGCCCACAACCCAGCAGGACCCAGGGUCCCGGGACAGUAAGUCACGACAUUGAGUCUGGUUACGCUGAUUUCUUUCAUAUACAUUAUACAGAAGUGUGCUUUCUUUCUAGGCUUUCUCUGGUCUUUGCUGUAGAGUGUGUGGAAUAGAAUAAUGGAUUCUUAAGCCCAGAUAGAUAAGAGGAACACACCCAGGGCAAAGAGCAGAAGUCCAAGACACGUCUUUGCAUAGUACAGCAUCCGACCAGUUAUAAUCCACCUCAGCAACAUCCGCCAGGGCAGGCAGGAAAAUGGACUCCUUCUUUGGUUGUUCUGGUUUCUAAGGAACAGUUUGUUUUUAUUGUAUGUCCUGGUGGAAUAAGGCUUAAUUCUAUUAGCAUUGUAUUAUUGUAAAUUAGAAUCUAACCCAAACCAAGACCUGAAGUAUUUUGUUGUGUAAUUUUGAAAUGAAAUAUCCAGCAAUGUUGGCAAAUUUGGUGAGACCAGAAAAGCUCAGGCUCAAGAGUCGUCGUAUCCCUGGGACUAGGGGACACUGUUCAGGUUCUCUGCUGGAGAGACCUUCUCGGUUUUGUGAAGCCUGUACAUAGUGCUAGGUGGCUCAGGUGCACACACCCAGCAGGCACACACAAGUUCUCCCUGUGUGCUAGCUCUGAUCUUGACUCACCCGUCCCCAAGCAGAGAAAUCAGAGGAGGGCUGUAGAACCACCACGUUUUGGUAUGAGAGUGGCUCUUUUGCCUUUUUGGCCCUGCUUCAGUGGGGCGUGGCCGCUUCCCCUUCCACCUCCCAGGCUUUACACUACAGCAGGGACUAAUGGUGAUAGGCUGGGGUGUAGCUUAGUGGAACUCAACCUCCCCCAACCCCAUAAAGGAUAUAUUUUACAUUCUCUUUCUUUAGGGGAACAGGAGUUUCAUACAGGGUCUCCUGUAGCCCUGGCUGGCCAGAAAUUUCCUUUGUGUCUGAAGGUGACCUUGAACUCUUAAUCCUCCUGCCUCUUCUUCCCAAGUGCGGGAGUAUUAGGCAUACACCACCACACCCAGUGCCUCCACUGUAGACUCUGCAAGGACACAUCAUAAGAGUAAACAAUGUUGAGGUCACUGUUCUAAUGGUGAGCAACAAAGCGAGGCAAGUCUUGAUCUGGGUGCUGGUGCUGACCAGGCUCUGAUGCAACCCAGUCUGACCCUGCGCUAAGGCCCUUUCCUGUUCUACAGUUUUCAGUUUCUGGUGGCCUGUGCUGGCUUCACACAUUCUUCUAGGGACCCAGCAGGCCAGUGUACUCAGGAGCCUGUGACCACAGGGCCAGGGAACUAGAGGCCAGAUCUAUCUGGUUCUCAUUUCACCUUCGCAAUAGUCUUCCUGUCUAUGGUGGAGGGCCCUGAGGUCCUGGCCUCCACUCAUGGCCAGGGCUGACAUGGCAGAAGUGAACCCCCACUGAGCACAGCCCAAUUCUCUGACAUUUGAGUGAGAUUACAGGAGUUGAAAGGUAGGUAGAUGUGAUCCGCUGGUUGAGGAGACCUAAGUGUGCUCCCCUUGGCUUAGUGGCCAGGAUAGUGCACAUGAUGAAGAGAAAAGACUGGUUCCCCUGGACUCCUGAGCAUACCGUGGACAAUGGGGGCCUUGAGCAAGUGUUGACUCUGGGCUAGGACAAGACGGAUGCAGUGAAAGCUAUGUCAGUGGGAGCUAGAAUCCUGGAGCCCUGGUGAUGUUUGGAAACUCCUCAUCCACAGAAUUGCAAGGAAAAGGACACAGAGGCCACCAGAGUGGACACAUUCAUUGUCAGGCUCUUGUUGACUCUCAUAGCAACCAUGAAUUACUUGGCCACCAAAUACCAAGUUGACAUGUGCACUGUCGCAAGCAGUGUACUUCAAAGGCUCUUAUACACUCGCCUUUGAGAGUUUUUAUUUGAUUAUGUACUGUAAUAAGUUGGGAUAUAUUCAGUUAAAAUUUAUUUCCCCUGGUUUCUAAGUCAUUAACUAUUUAAAAAUCGUGCAUCUCCCAUAUGGUUGGCAUCACUCUUCCAUUGGCUGGCCAGAGACAGGGCAACACCUACAGAGACAGGGCAGGCCACCUUCUGUCUGCAGUGCUGCUCAAGGCACAGAAGGCGGGUCACAUACUAAAGUGGCUGCUGUCCUUAACCUCAGCUUGGGUGGACCUGGGCCUGUUUGCAUCUGCCUUCCCUCACUGGCGUGGUGGGUUUGCUGGAGGUAUGAGGGGCGUGGCUCUUUGUGCACUGUCUGAACAAGGGUCUGAGGGGAUAAGAGCUCCUACAGACACAGAUCAGGGCCAGUUGUUAUAUUCCAUCUGUUCUUGGCUUUGUCUAGACCAAUAGAUUUCAACUCUGAGGUAAGAAACUGUAGGUCAGAUGGCUUGCAGUGGCCAGCUGUUUCCUAGCUCCCUCCAACAAGGUGUGGGGUGAAGCUGAUGACCCAUUUAUGACUGUCAGCCUCAUUUCUGCACUGAGUCUUUGAAAAUGUAGCAGUAGUGUUUACUUAGCAUUAAAUGUCAUUUAUAAAUAAUAUUCAACAAGUAAAUAAUUCUUUGGGAUGACUAAAGGAUGUUUGUUUCCACGGAACCCCCCCCCCUUUUUUUUGUUCUAAUGCUGCACUACUGUAAUCUUCAGAUUCCUAAGAAAUGAGCACAAGGCUCUGCCAUAAUUGCCCGCAGAGUAAUCAGUGCUGAGGAUUAUGAGGGCACUGGGAGCUCGUCUUACCCAUUGCAGCUGCAAGACUCACCCCCCAGGGCCUGAACUCCUUUUAUGUACCUGUAGGGCCUCUUCACUGGAGGUCAGCUAAA